AUGUCUAUAUUGAGACAAACCAACAUCGAAGCUAAAAAAGCUUCAAAUGAACCUUGUCUCGAGACAAAAAGCAUAUUAUCUCAAGAUCAACCAACAUUGAAGCUACGGUAUGCUUAUGGGGAGCCUUAUCUCAAGAACUCUGGCUCCAAUGUAUACUUCAGGGGCGAAUUAAGAAUCUAUGAAAAUUUAGAUGAACUAAAGUCGGAUUUGGCUGAUUACAUUGCUGAGCUAUCAGAAGCAGCAGUAAAGGAAAGGGGAGCCUUUGCCAUUGCAUUAUCUGGUGGUUCUCUCAUUGGCUUAACAGGAAACUUGAAACAGGAAACUGUUAAAGCUCCUUAUAACAAGACUAUAGGUUGGUCUAAAUGGCACAUAUUUUGGGCUGAUGAACGUGUUGUGGCUAAAAACAUAUUAUGUUCCGAUGGUUCCCAGCCAUCUUCAUUCCAUCAACGAUUCAGUUUCGGCAGAGGAAGCUGCCGACAAAUACAUGUUUGCUAUACGCUAGCUAGUAAAAACACAACGCUCAGUGUUUCCGAUAUUAGUGAUUGCCCCAAGUUGGAUCUUAUCCUUCUCGGGAUAGGCCCUGACCAUCACGUUGCCUCACUAUGCUCUAACCAUUCAGCACUCAACGAGACAGACAAAUGGGUAACUUUCAUCAUCGAUUCCCCCAAACCGCCACCCGAGAGAAUAACAUUCACUUUCCCAGUCAUCAAGCCGAAGCUGUCCAUUUAGCGAUCGAUAACAUUGAACCGAACUGCCAGUCGCUGCCUGCACAGUUAGUCCAACCAAAAAUAGGGAAGCUGAUAUGGUUUUCGGACAAGCCGGCCACAUCGAAACUUAAAUGUGUAUAAUUGAAUUAACAUUAAAGUUUCAUGUAUACAUUUGAACUAUAAUCGAAAUUUCAUAUAUAUAAUUAUACGAUAUCAAAGUUUAUAUAUCAAAUUUUAAAUUGAAUCAAAUUUCAUUUAUGAUUUUGAGAUUUA